AGCUGUUUCCGUUCAGUCCCAUACCGGUCGUGACCGGCGCCGGUCGUGACCGGCGGGGGUCGUGCGUGGGCUUCAUGUCGAUGUUCCGAGUCAAGGAGAUUGAGACGGUGCUCCGAAAUGCCGUGACGGACCAGAUGAAGAAUAUCCUACUGAUCCAUGAGAAUGGCGGUGUCAUCGCAGCGGCCUAUCCCAAAGAGGCAUCUACGUCAGCUUGGCGAUCGAAGAUGCUGCUGCAGGGUGCCAAUGAGAGGGAGAUCUGGACUGGACAUUUGUCCCCUAUCCACGUCAAGGUGGAUCACUCGGCUGUGGCACUGCUCUCAAGCGCCGCCACAGAGUACAAGUGCGCAGAGCAAUAUGUGGCCCCUGAUGGCAAACCAGAGUUUGAGGGCGCCCUCUUCUACUGUGAGAAUGCCUUAGUGGCUUGCCGAGCUUUCAUGCCCUGCACUGAGCAGACGCAGAUCUUGCUUGCGGUCUGGUGCCCCACGGGUGGAGCGACGCUCGCUGGUCUCCUCCUCUCGCGCUUGGAACUCCUACAGAAAGAGCUUGAAUGUCUACAGCCUUUGCUGAAGCAUUCAGCUGGACAGCCCUACUGAGGAAUGCAUCACGCGACUAGCUGAUGUCAACAUGGUCAGAACAAAACCAUUUGUUGGCAUGCAAGAUCCCAU